AUUUCCGUUGUACUGGACUUUCAUCUAUUAAAAAAACCGGUCCGCCAGUGUUGUGCCGUGUUUAAAAGGGACAAAAUCGGCGAUGUCUGCAAGGACGGGCGGGAAGAAAAGUAGGCAGCUUCAUGUUGACACAGUGGCAAGCAUUCGAAAUUGAUGACGGCCGAGCGUGGGGAUGAAGAAAGGACGGUGGCGACGGGUGGGGACGAGUGAUUUAUGUGAGGUACUCGAUAGGAAUGAGGCGGACGUUCAGCCCUGCGGUUGAGUUGGAAGGAAGAGGCCCCUCGUUCGGGCUGAUCUGGUGGAAUGAUUUAUGAUUUUGCGGAACGGUAGGAUACUACCUACUUGAUUUAAUACGGCCGCCACCCCUCCCCUUUUGUUCGUCGGCAUAGGUGUGUGCUGGCUGGGUUGACGCCUUUUUAAAAUUAAACCACUCGUGUGCUCAUUGAUUUGUAUUCAUACUUAACAGGCUUGGCUCUGGUUCCAGUCGAUGAUUUCGUUGUACAUGAGGAGAGAGCACUAUGACCAGCCUGUAUUUGGAUAAUACCUUCAGUGCAGGAAGGGGAUUUUUCGGUUGGCGCGCCAUGAGGUCGUGAAGGGUACGUACGGGCAGAGUUUGAAUGUGGUGCAAUGGGACUAUUUCGUAUGUGGUGAAACGUACAAAAAAAUAAGAAAGAGCCUCGAACAUAUCUUUAGCAAGCAGAUUAUACGGUUGUAUUUCGUUCGAAUGAUUCUUUUUUGUGCUUCUUAUAUCAUUGUUGGACGCGUUUUUGUUGUUGCUGUUUUGAGGAGCUAAAUCACGUUUGUAUCUAUCUAUCUUGUCGUCAUCGUUGUCGUAGUCGAUCGGAGCCUAACUUGAAGCUCAGGAGGAGUAUAGUAUGGUAGUACCCAGUGCGCGUAUAUUGUCAAUGUGUUGUUUGUGAAACAGUCUUUUUUGAGGGCUAUCCAGAAGCCAUCUGAGAAGCACUCGUCAGUACUGUUCAGACCUCUUAUUUCAUUUGACGGAAUCGUGUCGAGUGGAUAUUCGUCCUUCUAUUAUAUAUACAUUAUUUUAUUGUGCAUGUAAAUACCUACAUCUGUAGAGGCGAAAAGUGUUGCGUAUUGUUGUUGUUCACUUUUUUCCAAUACCCUCUAAAGUACACUUCCUUCAUUUCAGUAGUUUGGUUUUCAAUACCGAAAUUAUUAUCUCUUAAUGGUUAACUUGAAAACGCUUAAUAGGAUAUACACACAGUGGUAUCUAUGUGGUGCGAUCGAUACGCGGGUGCUUGGUGCGAAGUUCAGGCUAUAAACAAAUUAAAUCACGUUUUGUCUAAAAUUCUCCCUCAAUUAGCUCGAAUCCUAUCUUUUUGUUCGAUAAGUGACUCUCAAACGCGCCUUUGAGCCAAUCCUUCAAGUGACCGUUACUAUCAGUACGAAUGGACACCGACCGACCGUCUCGAUUUACGGAAAAGCGCGCGCAUAUUUGAAUCGUGUUAAGUAGCCACCGUUAUAAGGUAACAGGCAACGGUGCACCCUCUCUGGCUCUUUACUGCACAUACCCACCAGUGGGCGCUGAAAUUGCAAAGCUCGAGAUGGUAGUGAAGGUGGUGUAAAAUUACAGUUUACGUUUCAUGUUUUUUUCUCCUUGAAUACUCACUCUCAAAGAAGAAGAAGUGGGAACCGAAGAAAAAACGGAGAAGAAAAUGAAAAAUAUAUUCAAAAGGAAUAAAUGAGAAACUUAAAUGUUAAAAAGUUUACGUAUGAAUGAGUGAUAUUUAUGGUGCGGUCCCUUUCACUACAACGACGGCGCCAUACUUUUAUGUAAAAUAAUAACAACAAAAAAACAAAAUAUAGAAAAAACUGCAGCGACACCUGUGUGUACAUUUCUUGAAUGAUGAGAUUUUCAAGAUUUUAAGCAAAUUUUCAAUUAGUUUUUUCUAUGCCGUCGUGCGCACUUAAUGUUUAUUGCUAUAGUUUCUAAACUUUAUGUUUAUUUUCGGUUUUUUACCUCCAUUUCGCUGAAGGAUAAACAAUGAUCAGAGAUUUUCAGAAAUAACAAAUACCAGAUAUUAUACUCUAUUGAAAAUUUAUUAGAAAGUGUUCAGUUCAGUGCGUUCGGGUUUUUCGUGGCGGUUGUAUAUUGAAUAACGGUAUCUCCUUUAACAUACAUAUGUGCAAUUUUCUAAUGGGAUUUCUAUAAAGAGAAUUGUUAUUAUCAAAUAAUUGAUUAUCAAGUGAAAAAAAACAAGUUUGCAUCAGAGUUUAAAAAUACUAAAAUCAUUUCGGAUGGAAUGUCGUGCAGAAGUUUUUGAGUUACUUUUCCGAAUAACUUAGAGCGCCCAUUAACACUAAACCAAGUUGUCAAGUUUGCAAUCUGCGCAAAAUUCCGGGAAACUUAACUCGAUAUUGAAUAUCGCGUAUGUCAACCACACUGGCCAAUAAUAGCGCUGGAGCCUUCACGGAGGAUCCUGAACAAGAAAGUGGACUAUUGCCUGAUUUAAAUGGCGUCGAUUUGGUUAUGAGUUUAUCGCCCAAAUCUAUAACGACCGCAUCAUCAGCCGUAGCAGCAUCCGCAGCCGUCGCUGCAUCUGCCCAUAAUCUAACGAAUCUUCAUCAUUUGCAAACAUUGCAUCAUCAUCAUCAACAUCAUCAGCAUACCAAUCACGGUCAUCACAAUAAUUCCUCGUCGAGUGCGGUGGUAGCAGCUUCAUCUUUAUUGAAUAGCAGUCAUUCAACUCCAUUCAGUGUAACGGAUAUCCUAAGUCCAAUUGAAGAAUCUUACCGCAAACUGGAGCUCAGUACAAAUCCGCCGUCGCCAUACAGGUCAAAUUCAAGCGGUAGCAGCGUAAAUUCACCUAGUGCAUUAGGAGGUAGCACAGGAAUGGCAAAUCCGUAUGCAAUGGGUCCGCUAUAUCACAGUCCCGGUGUACAAAGUUAUUGUGCGCCCACGGACAAUUUGUCGUUAGCUGGUCACUAUACGGAUAUGAGAAGUUCAGCGGGAUGGUAUGGAUCAACGGCGAAUGAUCCACGAUUCGCAAUUUCAAGAUUAAUGGGAAGUUCAGCGGGUGGCUCAAUGGGACAUGCAAUGAGUAACAUGGGAAGUCUGGCGGCUUGCAGUGUUACAGACACAAAACCAAUGCAAUUUCCUCUAGCUCAAAGAAGAAAACGACGAGUUCUAUUUACCCAAGCCCAGGUAUAUGAACUGGAGCGAAGAUUUAAGCAACAACGAUAUUUAUCAGCACCUGAACGAGAACAUUUAGCAAGUUUAAUACACCUAACACCUACGCAGGUGAAAAUAUGGUUUCAGAAUCAUAGAUAUAAGUGCAAGCGACAAGCUAAGGAAAAAGCGAUGGCAGAACAAAAUCAACAGAAUCAGUCAGCCAGUUCACCGCGUCGAGUGGCCGUACCGGUUUUAGUAAAAGACGGAAAGCCAUGUUCUGGUAGUUCGAAUUCAUCACAGCAACAACAGCAGCAACAGCAACAAAUAAGCAGUGGAAACACGACAGUAUCCAGUGGCAAUAAUGUGAUAACAGGUGAUGCACCCCACACUCACUCCCCGGACACUUCAUCCACGCUCCUGUCUAGCUACAAUGGGGCCGGGCAGCAUCCUCAAAUGCUCCAGCAACCAUGCAAUAAUUCUCUAAUGUCCAAUAGUUUAGCGAUGGCCUAUAGAAAUCAAAAUAAUUUUAUGGGGAACAGUCACCAGCAGCAAUGUGGUACGUAUCUACCGCUCCAGGGGCGGGCCUGGUAAUAAAUGCUUGAAUUCGGGUUUUUUGUUGGAAAUGAGUAAGCAUAAAUAAUGAUAAAGAAAUGAACUAAGUAAAUGAAAAAAGAAAUUUGUUGCCAUGUGAUAUGAUAUAUUAAAUAGGGGAAAUUACAUUUAUUCCGAGAUUUAUAUUUUACCUUUCAAUGGAGUGGAAACUCAGAUCAUGCUUUCCGGGAGUUUCUAAAAAAAUCCUCUCUGCAGAACCAAGAUUUUCCUUUGCUGAUAACUUUCACAGAGUCGUGAGAUGAACCCGGUUUGUGCUUGCAGUUUACUAUUUUCCAUCCUUCGUGGUGCUAAGACAUUGAUAACUAUUAACUCAUUGAAUUUUCGGCUGAUGAUCAUGAUUUCAGAUCGCUUGCGUUACUUUUUGACAACUAGAUGAAUAUUUCACCAGCCUAUGUUCGCAGUUCAAUAUACAAAUUAAAUUCUGUAAAAUCGCUUUUUCAUUACAUCCUAGUUAUUGGUUCUACCAUGUAAGCAUAACAAAAGCACUUCAUCGUAUUUAAAAGUUGAUUGCCUAACGACAGAGUUUUUAAAUAGGCCAUAAUUCAAUUGCAUUCAAAUAUAUAUGUAAUACAAGUUUCAAUAAAUUGAUGCUCAGUGCCAAUUAUCUCCACUCAACAAUGUCAAAUUUUGGUUCCCACAAAACUUUAUUUAUUAAAAUCUAAUUUAUUUCCCAUGGAUACACCCUAAUUGCAUUAGAGGCAAAACUUAAUUAAAAACUAUUUUAUUUUAUAAAUUGAAUAAAAAUCCGAUUUCAUAGACGCAUUUCCAAACGAAUAAAUACUCUACCACAACAGAAUAUGAUUUCAAAUAAAAAUUAAAAUAUUGUAUAGAAAGUGAACUAAUCGGAACACGUUUAAAAAAAUUUGUAAAUUGUAAAUAUAAAUAAAAACCCAAUAAAACAAUUAUUGCAAAACGAGAAUUAGUUAUAAUAUUUAACAUUAAAUAAUUAGUGUAUAGUAAAAUCAAGGUGUUAAUUCUCAAGCAGAAAAAUGGAAGAACUAAUACAAUAAAACGAGGGCUUUUACGAAACAUGUUUUUAUUAAGCAGGGUAUUUUAGUAAGAACAUUAUGUAAAUCUAGACCAGUUUUAAAAAAUCUAGCAGAUAAGUAAGUAGAACAUGAAAGAUUGAAUGUUUUCAAAACAAGGGGACUAUGGAUAAAAUGCAACCAUCGAACAUUUAGUUUUUUUAUUUAUAUUCAACGUUUGCUUUAAACCUUUUCUAUUUCAGUUAAUUUAAUCUAGUAAAACGUAAUAUUCAAAUAAAACCUAACUUUUUGUAAAACUUAAAAUUGAUCAAAUAGAAAAUACCAUAAAACCCAAAAGAUUGCAACGGAAUUUGUAAAAUGGAAACAUAAACACAGAAUACUACCAAGUAAUAGACAAAGCAAAUUGAAGAAAUUAAUUGAAAUUAAAAUAAUAAAAGGAGCUGAAAUUUGAAACAACAUUUGUAUUUUGUUGUUUUAUGUACAUCUAUGUAAAACAAGCAACAAACACAAGUAAUGAAUCUAGAAGGAGAAUAUUUAAUAUUGUAAUAAGCUAGGGUCUUUUAGUAUUGCUAUAAAUAAGACUAUAAAUAAUAAUUCAAUGUAGAAAAAAAUGAUAAAAUGGAGGAAUGAAUUUUAAGGAGGAAAGCAAAAAGGUUAUUCCAAAAUCUGAUUACUUACGAAAAUAAAAGAAGUCAGAUGUAAAAUUUAUAUAUAUGCAAAAGAAUAAACAUUAUAAGAAAGUAAUUAA